UUGGUUUUUUUUUACAGUUUAACAGUAACAUGGAUGAGGUAGCUGUCGUCGCCUCAAAGCUGUGUGUCCGCUUAAAGCUGGCCCCUCAGGAUAUCUGUGUCCAGGCCAUCACCUUGUUCAAACAUGAUGUGAUAACGGCCUGGACUGAAUCUAUCUUGAAGCCAUCAGAGAUCUGUGGCUUGUUCCUGGGCGUUGACUGUGGUCACUGGGACAUUUACUCUGACUGGAAUGUCACAUUCCCUGACACACCAAAGCCCCCUGUCACCCCCCACAAACCACCCAGCCCUGGUUCUCCAGUCACAAGGGUAUUGUUUCUCACAGAUAUUCACUGGGACAAGGAUUACAUCCCAGGAACUGACCCUGACUGUCAAGACCCCUUGUGCUGCAGGAAGGGUUCCGGUUUACCCCCAAAACAUCGGAAAGGAGCUGGUAAGUGGGGUGCAUACAGCAAGUGUGACCUUCCCCUCCACACCAUCGAGAACCUUCUCCAGCAUCUCCAAUCUGAACACUUUGACCUGGUCUACUGGACAGGGGAUAUUCCAGCUCAUGAUGUCUGGCACCAGACCCGGAAAGACCAACUCGGGGCCCUCAACACCAUCACCAGACUCAUCCGGAAGUACCUGGGCCACAUCCCUGUCUACCCAGCCGUCGGCAAUCAUGAGACCACGCCAGUCAACAGCUUCCCCCCUCCCUUCGUCCAUGGUAACGAGUCCUCUGCCUGGCUGUACGACGCAAUGGUGCAGCUCUGGAAAUACUGGCUGCCUGAGGAAGCUCAAGAAACUCUCCGGAAAGCGGGCUUUUACACAGUGAAGCUCAAGCCUGGACUGCGACUUGUUUCACUCAACAUGAACUUCUGUUCCCAUGAGAACUUCUGGCUGUUGGUGAACUCGACCGAUCCAGCUGGCCAGCUGCAGUGGCUGGUCAGCAUCCUGCAGGAAGCAGAGGACAGCGGUGACAAGGUUCACAUCAUCGGUCACAUCCCACCGGGUCUCUGCAUGAAGGUUUGGAGCUGGAACUAUUACCGAAUUGUGAAUAGGUAUGAGGGGACCAUUGCUGCCCAAUUUUUUGGUCAUACCCAUGUGGAUGAGUUUGAGGUUUUUUAUGAUGAGGAGACUCUGAGCCGUGCAGUGUCUGUGGCUUUCAUUGCCCCAAGUAUCACAACUUACAUCAACCUCAACCCAGGGUUUCGGGUUUACCAGAUUGAUGGGAAUUAUCCAGCAAGUUCACAUUCGGUGCUUGACCAUGAGACCUACAUCCUGAACCUGACCGAGGCCAAUGAGAGAGACAAUCCCAGGUGGGUUUUCCUGUAUAGGCUCCGGGAGACCUAUGGGAUCAAGACUGCGUUUCCAGUCGAUAUGGACAAUCUGAUCAGCCAGUUCCUGCUCGAUGACCGUCUCUUCCAGAGGUACUGGUUCCUGUACCACAAGGGCCACACUGACCAACCAUGUCAGCAAGCCUGCAAGACCGCCACCAUCUGUGCCCUUCGCACGGGCAGAGCAGAUGACCCUGCGCUCUGCAAGGACCUUCACAACAAAGUGACAUACAGGGAAACACAGAGCCUCUGGAGGCAGCGGAGAAUGUGCUAAAAUCUCGGCCCAUCAUCUGAAACAAUUCCCUCAUAGAUUUUAUCGUUGCUUUAAGUUCACGGACAUCCAAUGAAUCCCGAUGACUGCUGGGCACAGCUGACUGGACAUUGACUGACUAGCAUCAGAGUGGACAGGACUGGCUGGACACUGACUGCCUGGACAGGGCUGUCUGGACACUGGCAUCAGAGUGGACAGGGCUUUCUAUGUCCUAUGCUGAAUGUAGAGCAGUCGGACAGUGCUCGUGUACACUGUGUGUUAGUAACUGGCUGGCUAAUGAUGUUGCCAAGGUGAGGGUUGAACCACAUACAAUCACGGGCUAACAGUGGUGUGGUAAUGAUUGUAGAAAACCCCCGACAUCCUCUCACUUAACAAACCCUGAGGCUCUCCAGAUUGCUCUCGUCACUUUCCCUCACUGUGUCCUGUUAACUCCCUGAGGUGAGCCAUCUUUACUCUGCUCCUUGACAGUAGCAUUCUGAAGGAGGCUUUUUAUUCUGACCCGGUCUUUCGGUUUGAUCAUGGCUGAUCUGAAUUUUAAUUCCAGUUGGCCCCUAGAAUCAUAGCCUUUUUAAUGAGAGAAUUUCACAUUCUUUUCCCCUGUGAUGAUCCACAUUGUUCCUUUAAGCAGAUGAAUCAGGAGCCUGGGAAAUCCUACAAUGAUAUGCUUUCAGGUGCUCUGAGCAUUGGUCAGGGAGAAAUUUUGGGACAGUAUAGAGAAGUUUUACUUUGUAGCUAACCCUGUGCUCUACCUGUCAUGGGAGUAUUGAAGUAUAUUUUGUUGUCCCUGCACUAUGUCCUUCACUUUAAUGAACUGUAAAAUUUGCACAAUGACAGGUUUUGCACAUUGUGUAUCUGGGCAGAUGUGAAAUGUAACGGUUUGUGUUACUGUGCUGCCGUGUAUGAAGGGAGUGUUGUGGUUGGUGUGUGUAAUGAUUCUUUAUCAUGGCUCCGUAGCAAUGCAAUAAACAGGUUUGUGUCUCAA